CUUAACCUCACUUUUCUUGCAACUUAAAAAACUAUAUUUAGAUUGUCUGUUUUGAUUUAAAAAUAGAAUUGAAUCCUAUCGUCUGAAAAUAUGUAGGCCUAGCCUAACUAGUUAUAUUAUUUUGCCUUUGCGAGCAGCCUCUCUUCAAGAGUUUUUCACAGUGAACACCUUGGCCUUACAAACUUGAAAUUUAGCCAUCUGAAUUUUAUUCAAAAUCUUGGUUUACAUUUUUAACAUUUUCAAUAGUGAAACGUCCUUAGAUUUUCAUGAAUAUAUAAACAUAGAAUGAGUUUGUUGGAGAUCCAAGUGUAAAACGUUUUGUUGGAUUCACAUUAUUUAAGUUUAUGUAGGCCUACUUAAACAACUAUAAAGUACCUAAUUUGAGCUUGACAUAGGUAACCUAUAAUGUAAUGAUAGGCCUACAACCAACAAUGAUGACUGACAAGGACACAAAAUCCAUAAAAAUAUUUUUUAAAGCGGGCUAUGACAAUGAAUGUUUGGGGGCUUGCUAUCAAAGUCAGCGCGUUUUGAUGUUUGCUGAGUUAAAGGCUAAAGCGGGAGUAAUGCCUCUGUUUGAAAAAACACCAGUUAAUAUUUCUAAGCCCCCAAAAGCUUUCAAAGAACUUGGUUUACAUUUACGAGUGCCAGCCUUAUAUCUUGACAUCCGUGGUCAAGACUUUGAUGCUAUAGACAUUGCUGAUGACAUAAUAGUUGAACUCGACUCACGAUAUCAAGGAGGAAUACUCAAGAAUGAAUUAGACACAGAAGCCGAGAAUGCCACAAGGAACUUUUUCUCCAAGUUCUGCUACUGGAUGCGAGGGGUUGCCAAGGACACUUGUCAGCUAGAGACAGAGCUGAAGCUGGUGGAUGCACACCUAGGCUCGAUCAAUGAGCUGUGUCCUGAGGCUGAAUGGUUGUUUCUUUGCGGAGAUCGCCCGGCGCUCCUUGACUGUGAGGUUUUGCCCAAGCUACAUCAGGUGCGGGUAGCAGCUGAGGGUGUCAAAGGCUAUGAGAUUCCUCGCAGUUUGACCCACCUCUGGAGGUACUUACACUCCGCUUACAACGAGCCUUCGUUUGUGUCUAGUUGUCCGUCGGACACAGAGAUUCUCCUUCACUGGCUCGACACUGACCACCCAGGCACUCUGAAGCUGUCCCCCAGACAACAACAGUUGUUGAAGGAAUCCAGCGGAAAACCUCCCAAGUAUUCCUUCUCUGUACCUGCAACUGCUACCAAAGUAUUGCUAGAGUAGGACGGAAGUGUAAUGAGGUUUAGGUUGUUCAAGUCGUUGUUUUGUAAAUUGGAGCCAUAGAUUAUGUUUGUUAAAAAACAAUCCAUUAUAACAAAAUGUUUGCUAUAAAUUAACUUGAUCAACCAGUUCAAUUGGUUAUGGUGUAAUAGUAAAGUGUCAGCGAGUUUUUAUAUUCUUGAUCAAUUACAACAAAGACUCCCUUAGUGAUCUGAGAUAUAUUGAAAAUUGUAGUUUACCUAUACUGCCUGUUCACUUUAAACUAUAUUUAGCGUCCAGUGCUAGUGUGCCAUUUGAGUACAAUUCUAAAUAAAAUGGAUAUUUAGAGAUAGACAGCCAAAUAAAAUGGCAGCUGUAAUCUCAGAAAAAUUAGGCCUACAAUUCUCUUGCAUACAAUAAUAUUUAUGUUAACAAAGGUACAAACAAGUUUUAGUUAUGCAUUAUUGUCUUCAGAGCUUAGUCAAAAAACUUUGUGCCAGUUUUAUGAGUGUUAAAUUACUAUACUUUUUUGUACAGUCUACAAACUUGUUUAGCCUGAUAAGAAGGGCAAAAUUCAUUAUUCCGGUACGGUAUGGUAUGUGUUAAAUGAAUCAUACAAAUUUAAUCGAUUUGACUACAUUGUACAUCCCCAUCCAUCUACAACAUACAGCUAUAUGUUAUAUACAAUCUCAGGUUAGCACGGCAUUUCAAUUGUCUAGGGCUAGACGAAUAAGUCCAUAACUUACUCUUAAGGGGAGCAAAUUCAACAUACUAAUUUAAUUUAUUUGCAUCAGGAGAUGAUAUUUUCGCAGCUAAAAACUUGUCUAUAAAGCCUAGUAAGAUUGCAGAUAGCUCUUUAAUCUAGCAUUUUAAAUCAGCAUCGUUUGAACGAUUUUUGUGCUGAUACUUGCAUGUACCGGUAGCACUUGUGAAGCAUUUUCGUUUUAUUUUGGCCUUAGCAAAGAUUUACUUGACUACAAACCACUCUUCAUGUUUGUUAAAUAUAAUUUUGUUUUACGUGUUAUAUUUCCAUGUUGUUUGAUGUAAGCACAUAAUACCCUUUGUUUGUGAAAACAAGUCAAUUAACUCAAUUUAAUUGUUAAUUAAUUGUAGUAGAGGUAUAUUCUUGUUAUGGAUAUAUUAUUUGAAUAUAUAAUUUUUGUUGUUUUUCAUUAAUGAUAUAUUAAGAACUAAGAGUGAGUAGACAUACUUGUGUUUCAAGUAGGCUAAUAACAUUUCAUGUUUGUAUGUACAUUAGUUUACUCGGAAUGCCAAAUAUUGUUGGAUGUUGUUCAGAAUGUAGAUUUUUCCAAUAACCAAGUCCUUUUGCACAAAUUGAAUUUGGUAUUUGCCUAGUAAAUGUCCAAAUUCUUUUUUUUGAUGCAGGUCAAUAAAUUGUCUGCAAACCAGAUAAAUUUUAUUUGGCGUACUGAAUAAAUUUAAAGUAGUUUGAAACAAAAGUUAUGGCUUUGACAAUGUAAGACUGCUGUGUAGAGAGCACAUAUUGUAAAUGUACACAUUUUUGUAAUUCAAUUCUAGUCACAUUAUCCUUUGAUAUUUUGUCAGUAUUAUGAUAGCAGAAACUUAGAAAAAGUAGUACCUAAUUUAGUUGGUAGAAAGACUGGUUUAGAUUUACGUAACUACAUCAUGAAUAGAGAAGUUAGGCAUAGCUACUAGCAUACAUUCAAAUUGCAAUACAGGUACUAGGUAUUUUAAAAGAAUCUUCCAUCUUCUUUCCUUAAAUGUAGUUUUUAUUUUUCGAAGACAAUGAGCAGAACUAGUUAAUUCAUUACAGGAAGUGAUUAUUUUACAGCCAAAGAAUGGAAGUAAAAAUAAAAGCUACUCUUUCUAACAUUAUAAAAGUGUUAUUUAUGUUUGAGUGAUUUCAUAAUCCUGUAUUUUAGUUUUGGAUUCAACUUAAUAAAUUGUGUUGUUUGAAA